UACGCCGGCCAGCAGCAGCAGCAGCAACGUCGACCGUGUCUAUAUUAUUAUUAUUAUUAUGGUGGAGGAGAGCUAAUGCCAUCUUCCGGACACGGCGACUUGGUCGGUCAUCAUACACAGCACAGCCGCCGCCGCUGCUUCCUGUCAAUGCUCUUGCCCAGAGCUGGUCUCUCUAUUGCCGCCGGUGCGUCCGGAACAACGGGUCAUUGAUUCACACUGUCGCCAAUAUCGAUCAUAAUAAUAAUAAUAAAUAAUAUAUCACAUUUUCAUUGGACACACGAAAAUUUAAAAUUUAAUUUAUUAGUAUUUAAAAUUUUUUUCUAUAAAACAUAUACAGUAUUUAUAUUAAAAUAAUUAAAUAAGUAAUAUACAUUUUUAAGUAUUUAGUGUAUACUUUCAAACUCUCACGUUUGUAGCAUUAUCCUAAUUAACGUUUUUUGUUUUACAUUUUUUCGUGAAAUUUAUUAAUUUUUUUUUUCCUCGAAAAUUCAUACGCACUCUGCACCAAUCUCGUUCCCAGCUGAAGAAUUAUUAAAACAAAGUUGUUGGCCGUUAUCAGCCGAGAAGAACGACCCGGCCACCGAAUUUCGGCGUUUCCUGUCGGCGGUUAGACGAAACCACUUUGUUUACUCGAUCGGAUCUAAAACACCAAUGACACAGAGGAGAAAACAAAAUAAUUGAGCAAUUCGAAGCAAAUCGCAUCAUGCGGUGUCGGCGACAGCAUCAAGAGCAACAUCAACAGCAAAGUCGUCAGGUCAACAGCGAGCAGAAGACAACGCGUUUCCCGAUUUCCGCUGCUCCCUCAGGACGACCGGCCGGUUCUAAUUGAGCACACGCGUAUAAAGCACAAGAAGGAUACAAAAUUAAAAACAAAUAAACAAAAUCCGGGAAACAAGACAAUCCGGAAAAACUAUACAUACAAAGCGUACAGCGACUGCUAAGCCAAACACCUCAAAGUCUAGCGACUUAUCCCCGCAUACAGAAUGAAGAGACAUGAAAAUUGGUCACCAAUGAAGUCAUCGCGCGACAGGACGCUGUUGUUUAUGACGUGCGUUACCGGACUGAUCAUAAGCAAGAGUUUGCACGUGAAGGCGUCGCCCACGUGGGACACGCAGAACUCGAUCACAGAUUUCGGACGCAACAUCAGACAAUUGCCUUGCGUUAGCCGGAGAACGGGCGAGACGGGAACAUGCAUGUUCGCUUACUCGUGCGCCAAAGUCAACGGCACGCACUUGGGCACGUGCAUAGACAGGUUCUACUUCGGCAGCUGCUGCAAGACCCCGAACAACGUCGAAGUCGAAGUUAACGAGCCCGACAAUUACUUGACCAACUACGAUAACGACGUGGCGUCCGUGACCGGCACCGGCGUCAAACCGUUCGGCCAAACCAGCACGGACCGUAUCCAAGCCAGUUCGUCGGCACCGUCGACGUCGUCUUACAAACCCACGUCGCAGUUCUCGGUGCAUCCGUCGUCGUCCACGACCAGCACCAGCACGUCCAGAAACCAGUACACCCAACAGCCGUCGUCCACGGCCACGGACGGCCUGACCAAACCGGCGUACUCGUACGGCACCACGGCCAACUCGGUCGCUCCGGCGUACUCCUCGACGCAGACGGCCAAACCGUUACCGUCGUCCACCACGGCCAAACCGUCUUCGCCGACGGCCAAACCGACGAGCUCGUUCAGACCACCGUCGCCGCCGCCGAUUAGAGACCAGGCGACGACGGCUCAAAAGCCUAAACCUCAAACGGCCAAGCCGACCGUGCAGUUCACGGUUCCGGGAUCGACCGUCGGAACGACGAGCUACCAAACUCCGUCGUCGACGGCCGCGGUCACCCAAGAAGGCCUCAAGCCGACCAGCACGUACACGGCAGUCACGUCGAUGCGGCCCCUGAACGCCACCACGGUCACGGCCACGUUUUCCACGACCAAACCCGUGGUGAAACCUUCGUCGUCGUCGUACCCGCCGUCGACGUCGUCGACCACGUACAAGUCGACCACGUCGCCUUCGUCCACGACGGUUGCCACGUCUGCGUCACCGCCGCCACAAAAGGCCAAGCCGCAGACGGCCAAACCCGUGACCGGCAAGCCCAAACCACCGACGUCCGCUAAACCGUCCACGGAACCGUCGGCGGCGCCGUAUUCGGAAUCCACCACCAACGGAAUCCGUGCGACCGUCGAAACCGUAACCAGGCCGUCGUCGACGGUCACCGUCGGCUCGUCUUCCGCGGCCACCGGUCGUCCGGACCAGACCAUCAGUUACGGGCCGACAACGGUCACGUCCACUUCGCCCACGCUGGUCACGUGGACAACACUGGACAAAGUGCCUGUGAUACCGCCUGACCACACGAAACCUCCAACCGCCUCGCCGGUCCCGAGCAUGACGCACAAACCGACAGUACUCGACGGUUCCACGUUACCUUCGUGGGUCAAACUCCCAGUGGAAACGCACGAACCCAACACGGUCGCUACCAUGCCGGUAAAGGAAAGUAGUACCAGUGGUACUAGUAGUGCUAGUAGUAGUGUUAGCUACAACUAUGGUAGCAGCAGCACCGGCACCAGCAGCAGUAGCAGUACCAGCAGCAGCAGCAGCAGCAGUACUAGUACAGACUCGUAUUCACCGACCACUCUCGUGUCCAAACCCAACACGGUGCAGAGCAUAUCCGACAACGAGCUUAUCGUCACUUCCAGCGGUAUCAACAAUAACAAUUACAGCAGCACGACCUAUCCUUCGACGAGCAUUGGCAUUGGCAGCAGCAGCAGCACCAGCACCAGCAGCACGUCACCGAUGAUGUCGAGCACCGUGGUCGACCCGACGGAUUCCAACGAGGCCGGCAGCGCGCCUCUCAACAUGUCCAACUACAAAGACGUGUGUGGCAGAAGACUGUUCCCGACCGCUAGGAUCGUAGGCGGCGAAAAGGUGUCGUUCGGCAAGUGGCCCUGGCAGAUCUCGCUAAGACAAUGGAGGACGUCCACGUACUUGCACAAAUGCGGAGCGGCUUUGUUCAACGAAAAUUGGGCCGUCACAGCCGCGCAUUGUGUCGAAAACGUUCCGCCGAGCGACUUGCUGUUGAGACUGGGCGAACACGACCUGUCCAUUGAAGAAGAACCGUACGGUUACGAAGAGAGGCGCAUACAGAUCGUGGCUUCCCAUCCGCAGUUCGACCCGAGGACCUUCGAGUACGACUUGGCUCUGUUGCGGUUCUACGAGCCCGUCAAAUUCCAACCGAACAUCGUGCCCGUGUGCGUGCCCGAGGACGAUGCCAAUUUCGUGGGUACCUCGGCCUACGUGACCGGAUGGGGAAGACUGUACGAAGACGGUCCUUUGCCCAGCGUACUGCAAGAAGUCACCGUACCCGUGAUCAACAAUUCGGUGUGCGAGACAAUGUACAGAGCGGCCGGUUACAUCGAACACAUCCCGGACAUAUUCAUCUGUGCCGGCUGGAAGAAAGGCGGUUUCGAUUCGUGCGAGGGCGAUUCCGGUGGUCCAAUGGUCAUCCAGAGGCCGGACAAGAGAUGGCUGCUGGCCGGCAUCAUAUCCUGGGGAAUUGGAUGCGCCGAACCCAAUCAGCCCGGCGUGUACACGAGAAUAUCGAAGUUCAAAGACUGGAUCAAUCAAAUAUUGCAAUUUUAAACGAAACACACGACGAUCCGUCCAAAAUAACGAAAUACUACUUGAACCAAAAAAAAAAAAAUACAAAUAGAAAAAUCUGCAACGAAGCCAUCGGCA